GUGACUAAAAGUAUCUGUAUCUGAAAAAGUAUCUGCAUCUGUCCGUGCAUCUGUGUCUGUGAUGGCGGCUGCAUUCGUUAGAUGCUAUUGCCACUUCACUCACGAAAUACCGAUUGCACUACCCGACACUGUGCCUCUGCUGCACUUUUCAGUAUCUUUAUCUGCCGAAGCUGUAAAUAUCCGCGAGAUUUACAACGCCAGGCGACGACGUCGGCUCACAGACUCGCGUAUCUGUAUCUUUUUUUUUUUUUUGUUCAGCAUUUUUUUUUCGCUGUAUCGACUAUACAGAUACUGAUUCGAAGUCGGAGGCAAAAGAUACUGGCAUUCGAUACGAAAGACACUCGCCAAACGCAUCCCCGUAGCGGCUAAUUCGCCAUAAUUUUAUUUUUCCAAUUCUGAUUCGCCCGCUAAAAGAUACAGAUACAUAUGGCGCAUACAUAGAUACAGAUACGAAUACCCAUACAAAGUUCAAGUUCCAGAUAGCAGAUACAUUUGUGAUCAUUGUUUGCCGCUUCUCGGCCUGUCACCGUAACUCACAAUUGAAUUGUUCCUUUGUUCUGUCCAGCGUUUUCGAGUUGCAAGUUGCAAGUUGCACGUUGCACGUUGCACGUUCGAAGAGUUGCAACUACCGAAUUUCGCAUAAUUGGCAUUAAGACAAAAGUGAGGCCUUGCCCUUUGUUGUUUACCGCCAGACCGAGUGUCGCCUUCUCCCAACUGAGAUACAGAUACAGAAGGGCAAAGCCAAAAGAUACAGAUACAGAUACAGAUAGUGGUAGAAGAGAAUGUUAGUGCCGCCGGAUAUGAUGGCCGCGCAGACGCGGAUGAUCUAUCAGAUGAAUCGAUUCUGCGCCGAGAGGGUCCAGGCCAGGAUGUUCAAGACGGCCACCGCCAUCCGCGAGAUCUGCAAGAUCGUCCAGGACAUCCUCAAGGAGGUGGAGCUGCAGGAGCCGCGCUUCAUCUCCAGCCUGGUGGAGUGCAAUGGCAGAUUUGAGGGCGUGGAGGUGAUAUCCCCCAACGAGUUCGAGAUAGUCCUCUACCUCAACCAGAUGGGCGUCUUCAACUUCGUGGACGAUGGCACCUUGCCGGGCUGUGCUGUCCUGAAACUCAGCGAUGGCCGGAAGCGAUCGAUGUCCUUGUGGGUGGAGUUCAUCACAGCGAGUGGCUAUCUGUCCUCCCGGAAGAUCCGUGCCCGCUUCCAGACCCUGGUGGCCCAGGCCUGUGACAAGAGCGUCUACCGGGAUCUCGUCAAGAUGGUGGGAGACACCAGCGAAGUGAAGCUCCGGAUACGGGAGCGUUUUGUGGUCCAGAUCACGCCGGCCUUCAAGUGCUCGGGGAUCUGGCCGCGUUCGGCCGCCCACUGGCCAGUGCCCCACCUACCCUGGCCGCAUCCCAAUAUCGUGGCCGAGGUGAAGACCGAAGGAUUCGAUCUUCUGUCCAAGGAGAGUGUCGUCCUUCAGAGCAAGAACAACAAUAAUGCCGCCAGCAUGGAGGGCGAUGCCUGGGUGCUCAGUUUCUUCGAGGCGGAGAAUCGUCUUCUGCAAGGUGGCUGUCGUCGUCGCUGUCUGAGCAUGUUGAAGACCCUGAGGGAUCGGCACUUGGAGCUGCCCGGCAACCCCAUCAGUUCCUAUCACUUGAAGAACCUUCUCCUCUACGAGUGCGAGAAGCAUCCCCGGGACUUCGAGUGGGACGAGAGCUGCAUCGCCGACAGGAUCAAUGGCAUAUUCCUGCAGUUGAUAUCCUGCCUGCAGUACCGACGAUGUCCGCACUACUUCCUUCCGGGCCUGGACAUGUUUAAGGGAAAGUCCCCCAGUGCUUUGGAAAAUGCCGCCAAGCAAGUCUGGCGACUCACUCGGGAGAUGCUCACGAAUGCCAAUGCUUUUGAAAAGCUGUAAGGGGUUAAGGAGUUCCCAGGGUUGGGUUUGGAGGAGUGGACUAAGGGGUUAAAGAUAUCAACAUAAUGGUAGAAUUUUUGAAUUUUGGGUUAAGAUUUACAGAGAAUUUUGAGAUACAAUCCUUCAGAGUUUUCUUUUAUUCUGUUAUAUUUUUUUAAAUUUAUAUGCAAGAAUAGUGGUUUUUAAUGCCUAAAUAGUAUAACAAGUCUUUGAAUUAUUUUUAUUAUAUUUUUAUAAUAUUUUUUAUUGAUUUUUUAAGUUUAAAUGCUUUUAAUUUUCUGUAAUUUCUUAAUCACAACCAAAAUCGCAGCCAUUUGAGGAGAAAAUGUGUGCUUAAAGAGUGCCAAGUUGAUCAGAGAUUGCAGAUAUAUAUCAAGAUAUAUACACACGACCUUUGGCGGCCAUUUUGUGCCAUAUGUGUGCUUGUUGUGGAGUGUGUGCUGGUGUGUGUCAGUGUGUGUGUGCUAAAGUGUUAAUGCCGAGAUGCGAGAUAAGUCCACUCCCCAUUCGACUCUGCCCAUUGAGGCGUUUCGGCUAAGCCCUCGAAUAUUGUUUUUAAUAACUCUCGCCCCUCACAUCCUCCAUCCUCUCAUCCUCUCGCAUCCUUUGUCCUUUGUUCUGGAAUGGAAAACAAUGGACAUGGAUUCGGAUUCAGGAUAUGUAUAAAAAAAAGAGCAUUUGGCCCGGCGAGGCGGCUCCUUUUACAGGAGUCUCGCAUACUCGACCUUUGCGAUUGUUUGGCAGUCACAGCCCCGAUCCUAGAUCAAAAUAAUAAUGAACAGAAAACUAUAUAUUUAGAGGAGGGGGUGUAGCAGAUUUCAUUGACCGUUCCAAGUCCAACUUACAUUGUUUUUUUUAAAUACUUAUAAUUAUAAAUAUACAAAUGUCGAUGUCUAUUAUGCGAUGCCUAUAAUCUCUACAAUGAUUAUCCACACAGUUUCUUUUAUUUAGGUGCAAAAUAAUCCUAGAUUGCUUAAGUGAAACUAAAAUACAAAGUACUUGAAUAAAUUCAAGAAUAGCCAAAGGCAAAAAA